AAUCUCAGGCACCUUCUUUCCCAGGCACUGGGGAUGAGUGUGUCUAGGAUCCCUCAGGAUCUCGGGAGAGACUGGGCAUUGGAGUCAGGAUGGUGCUUGUCUGCACAUUGAAGCAUUAAGGCUGUGACAGCAGUUCCUGGGAGGAGUUGUCCCAGGGGCACGACCCGGGUCCUUGUCCUGAGGCAGAAGGGAGGUCUGAAGCUGCAGUCUGUGCAGUGACUUGGUCCCUUCCCCAUCUCCAUCUUUACUCCCAAGAGCAGAAGCAGCAGAUGGCUCCUGAGUUCAGAAACAACACUGGGCCCUUCUCUCUACCAAACCCCAGGGAUGAGGCUGCGUUUCCAGCGGUAACAAAUGCAUUUGGAAACCACAUACACGGUGUAGACAUGGACCAGUUCUAUGCGUAUUAUGAUUAUUCCAUUUCCCUGGUACUUGUGGUGAUUGACUUUUGUGGCUCAGUGGGGAACGGGCUCGUCAUCUGGCUGCUGGGGUUCCGCAUGAAGCGGAAGCCCUUCUCUGUCUACAUCCUCAACUUGGCCUGUGCCGACUUCACCUUCCUCUUAAGCAGUAGUGUCAGGUUCAUGCUUCAUCUUUUGGAUUAUAUGCACGAGACUACAAAGCUCGUGGAUGCAACCAUUCUCUUUUCCUUUCUGGUCAGCGUGAGUCUGCUGAUGGUCCUCAGCACCGAGCGCUGUGUCUCUGUGCUCUGCCCCAUCUGGUACAGAUGUCACCGCCCGGCCCAUCUCUCCUCCAUCCUGUGUGCCCUCGUCUGGGGGCUGACCCUUUGUGUGGGCUUGUGGAGGGUAUUGUGUGAUCUCUUUCAGAACACCUCAUGCAGGGUUGUGUGUAACUUGGUGGCUGAUGGGUUAUCCUUCAUCACCUUCCUGGUGCUCUUUGUGUCUGGUGUAACUCUGCUCAUCCGGGUCCAAUGUGGCUCCAGGAGAAGACAGACCACCAGGCUGUACGUGACCAUCCUGCUCAACGUGCUGGCCUUCCUGCUGCUUGGGUUACCUUAUAGUGUGUGGGAAAUUAUGUCUAUCGCUUUGAUAUCAUCGCCCCAUGAUCACAUUCUACAGCCUACGUUCUACCUUCUCUCGGUUGUCAGCAGUGUGGUGAACCCCAUCAUCUACUUCUUUGUGGGAAGACAUGGGCAACCACGGGGCUGGAAACCACUCCGGCAAGUGCUCCAGAGGGCACUGACAGAUGAGGAGGAGGGCACUGAGUGGAGCAGCAGGGUCACUGUCUUCAGACAGAACCAGAUGUCCAACUGAGCUCAUGAGGAGGGCUUUGCUAGAAACCUAGUUCUGACCCUUCAUCCAGGCCAGUCGUCUAGGAAGGAUGUAUCUCUUUAAAAAGUGUCACCUCAAGGGCCAGGGAGUGGCAUGCCUGGUUAAACGCACACAUUACAGUGCUCAAGGACUUGCUCUCCACCUGCACGGGGUGGGGUGGGGGUGUGGGGGGGGACUUCAUGAGUGGUAAAGCAGGGCUGCCAGUAUCUGUCUCUAUCUCCCCCUCUCUUCUCAAUUUCUCUCUGUCUCUAUCCAAAAUUAAGUAAAUAAACAACAAAAAAUUUUAAGUGUCACCUUACCUUGGAUAGAGCUUGAAGGAAUCAUGAAUUGAGAUAAGCUGGAAAGAAAAGGAUGGAUAUGGGAUGGUCUCACUCAUUGACAUAAGUUGAGAAAUAUGAACACAAAGAGGAAACACAACGUAGACUUUGACUGGGUUGGGUGUAUUGCACAAAAGUAAAGGACUCUGGGGCGGGGCAGGGCACUUUCCGGUCCUGAUGCGUGAUGGUGGAGGGGGACCUAGGCUGCGGGGGUGGUGAGAGUGUUUUCCAGAAAACUGUGGAAUUUUACACAUGUACCAAUGGCUCCAUUUAUUGUAAACCAUUAAACCCCCCCAACUAAAAAAAUAAAUAAAAGAAAAAACAAAGGACAAUACAAGGUGAUUCCUCUGAAGUUCCAGGCUUAAUUCCCAGUACCAGCCAUAAGCCCAGGGCGAGCUCUGCUCUGGUCUUGGCCCCUUUCUCUCUCUCUCUCUCUCUCUCUCUCUCUCUCCCUCUCCCUUCUUUGCCCCUCCCUCUUCUUGUCUCUCUCAGUCUCACUCACUUUCUUCCUAUCUCUUCCUCUCUUUCAUUAAAACUACAAAGUAAAUAAAACAAAAACAAACUAAAAACUGUUUUUAAAGCCU